AUGCAGGGAUUAAUCGAGACUGAGAAUCAACAAAAUGAUAACAGGAUCCAAGACCUUCAACGAAUGUUAGACAUGUAUUCCACAGCAUUUAGGAACACAUAUAUUACGGUGACUGAAGCUGUCAACAGAAUCAGACAGAAUCUGAGCAGGAUGGGUGAUUGCAAUGACAUCAUACAAAAGCAUGCAUUUGGUGAUGAAGAUGGUUUAUUCAAGAUAAAACCUACCGGCUCUGCUGGCGUAGUGACAGUUUACUGUGAUCAGAGCACUGGACUGGGUGGUUGGGUAUUGGUUCAGCAGCGAAUGGAUGGAUCAGUUAACUUUAACCGAUCCUGGGCUGAGUACAAACAAGGGUUUGGUAGCAUUGAUGAUCAAGGCCAUGGAAAUAUUUGGCUGGGAAAUGAAGUCCUCCAUUUACUCACACAGAAGGAAAACAUCUUUCGUGUAGAGCUAGAGGACUGGUCAGGGAAUGAGGUGUUUGCUGAAUACACUGUAACUGUGGGAUCUGAAUCAGAAAGUUAUCGGCUGAACAUUGCCGAUUAUGGAGGAAAUGCUGGGGAUGCAUUAAUAUCAGGAAUAUCUCUGGAUAGUGAACAUACCUCCCAUGCAAGCAUGAAAUUUAGUACUUAUGACAGAGAUAAUGAUAAAUGGGAGGAGAACUGUGCAGAAUUCUAUGGAGGAGGUUGGUGGUACAACAGUUGUCAAUCGGCUAAUCUAAAUGGAAUUUAUUACAAUGGGGGACUGUAUGAUCCCCGUAACAACAUGCCAUAUGAAAUAGAAAAUGGGGUGGUAUGGGUCCCUUUCAAAGGUGGCGACUACUCCCUUAAGGUGGUAAGAGUGAAAACUCGAUCAAAAGCUUCAAGUUAG